GCAGAACUAGUGAAAGGGAACCUGCAAAGUGUUGGGCUCACGCUCCGGCUUGUGCAGUCCAAGGAGGAAGAUGCAGGGCAUGUUGUCAUUGAAACUGUAACUCCAAACUCACCUGCUGCAGCUGCUGAUCUACAGAGGGGAGACAGACUUCUAGCAAUUGGCAGUGUUAAAAUCACAUCAACUGUCCAAGUGUUGAAGCUUAUUAGACAGGCUGGGGACAGAGUUUUAGUCUUUUAUGAAAGGCCUGUUGGGUAUAAUCAGCAUGGUUCAGCACUGCAGGAUGGAUUUGGACAAUUGGAAGACACUGCUUUCUUGACACAGCCAGAAGAUGACCAAGCUAGUUUAUCAGCUGAUGUUGAUAACAGAGAUUUUGAUUCAGAAUUUGAGGACUUAGCUUGUGAAUCACCUGACCAAAAAGAAGAUAUGCCAACAACUCCGAGUCCCAAACGCUCAGUAGUAAUACUUGCUGCUAAACCACUUGGAACUAUAUCUCCAAUUCUGAAUCGAAAACUACAUUUAGGAAGUUACCAGACAACAUCAAAAACGCAACAAAAAGAUGGAGCUAAAGUGGCAACACCCAAAACUAAUGAGGGUUCAGAUGCAUCACAGCAAUCAGGUAAACAAUCACAAGGAUCCAGUACUAAGCCUCCUGUGCCACCCAGGCCACAAAGCAAGCUCAUUUUGCCUACUGGUGAAACUCAAAAUCUGUUAGAAACUGGAGGUGUAUCUUCUGAAAAACCAGAGAGGCCACCUCCACCUACAAAUAACGGAGAUAAAUGUACAGAGAAGGUAGUAAAGAAUAAUGAUCAAAUAGAAGACCCAACGGUAUCAAAAGUAAUAACAGCACCAAAACAAGAUACAUUAAAAGAUGGACUUUCAGAAAAUUCACGUAAUUACAAAGAUAUUGGAGAUGAUCAUCAAACAUGGGAAUCGCCAGAAGUUCCUUAUAAAACCCGGCAAGGCCGAUGGCCAAGGACGAGAACAUCCUCCUGUCUAUUUGAAGUAGAAGGAUACCAUAAGUACCUUAAUGUUGCACUGUGGUGCAGAGACCCUUUCAAAGCAGGUGGUUUUAUCUGCUUAGGAUAUGCAAGCAUAAAACUUGAAGAAAUUGCUUUAGAUUGUAUAGCUACAUCCUCAAUGGAAUAUAUUAGAACAUUUAAACUGGAUGCUCCUACACCUAAAGCAGCAGUCACUAGAACAGCAUUGCGGAAUUUGACAACCCAUAAGGGGUUCAAUGAAAAAUUUUGUUAUGGCGAUGUAACUUUACAUUUCAAGUAUUUAAAAGAAGGUGAAAUAGAUGAUUCAAAUUUACUCCUGGAGAAAGAAAGGGAAUGUCACUUGGAAGAAGAAGCUCGGGCACUUCAGAAAGAAGAUCCUUACUUGGGACAAAUUGUUCUUACAGAGAACAAGCAUAACUUUCAAGAUACUCAGUUUCAGAAUCCAACUUGGUGUGAUUAUUGCAAAAAGAAAGUAUGGACUAAAGCGGCUUCACAGUGCAUGCUCUGUGCUUAUGUUUGCCAUAAAAAAUGUCAAGAAAAAUGUCUAACUGAGACACCCUUUUGUGUAGGAGCUGAAAAGCGACUUGAUCGAACUGUGGGAGGUUGUAGAGCAGAAGGACAGGAAGCUCCCCAAGCUCCCUCUCGUGUUGAUUCAGAAUCUAAAUCUGUUAACAGAACUACAGGUUUGACCAGGCAUAUCAUCAAUACAAGCACCCGUUUGUUAAACCUCCGUCAAGUCCCCAAAGCUCGCCUUUCUGAGCAAGGAACAGAGGUGGUAGAACCUUCGCCAAAGCACACACCAAAUACUUCUGAUAAUGAGAGUAGCGAUACUGAAAUCAGUGGGCCAAGCAGUCCUUCAAAACGUGCAGCAGGCACUGGGAUAAAGUUGGUCCGAAAGGAGGGUGGUCUAGAUGACAGUGUCUUCAUUGCCGUUAAAGAAAUUGGACGUGAUCUCUACAGAAGUUUACCCACAGAGGAGCGUUUUCAGAAAUUAGAAUUUAUGUUGGAUAAGCUGCAGAAUGAAAUAGACCAGGAGCUGGAAAAUAAUAAUUCACUUGUUAAAGAAGAAAAAGAGACAACCGAUGCAAGGAAAAAAGCCUUGAUUUCUGCUGCGCUGGCUAAGUCGGGUGAAAGACUGCAGGCCCUUACGCUGCUGAUGAUCCACUACAGAGCAGGCAUUGAGGAUAUAGAGUCUUUGGAGAACAUGUCAUUAGAGCGGCAGUCCAAAAGACUGAUUAAAGAUUCAGAGGAACCCAGCGUAGCAGAAGAAAUGGAUAACGAAGAUGUCAAUCUGACAGAGGCGCCAACAUUCAACAUCAUAGUGGAAGAACCAGUUGAUCCACCUCAAUCAGUAGACUGA